UGUAUAUAUAGAGGUAGCCAGCCAUCUGCCUGUUUCCUCGAUAUACUUGUUCCAUCUCCAUUAGCAACAAUGGAACGAGUGGCUUCGUCCUUCAUGUGCUCCUCCUUGCUCGUGGUGUUACUGCUGCUGUCGGCCUCGCGGCCGGCUCAUUCCAAAGUUCGCGUCCACAGAUGGGAUAUCUCCUACGCGUUCAAGUCGCAGGACUGCGUGCGAAAUCUGGCUGUGACGAUCAACGGCCAGACUCCUGGGCCGACCAUCCGCGCGGAGAUGGGCGACACCGUCGUGGUUCAUGUCAAGAACAACCUCGUCACUGAGAACACGGCCAUCCAUUGGCACGGCAUCCGGCAGAUUGGCACGCCGUGGUUCGAUGGGACGGAAGGAGUCACGCAGUGCCCGAUCGUGCCAGGCGACACGUUCACCUACAGAUUUGUGGUCGAUCGACCGGGGACGUACCUCUACCAUGCUCACUACGGCAUGCAAAGGAGCGCCGGGCUCUACGGCCUCAUCCAAGUCGCCCUGCCGGCGGCGCAGGUUGAGCCGUUCUCCUACGACUACGAUCGCAGCAUCAUCCUCAACGAUUGGUGGCACGAUACCACCCAGCAGCUCUCCACUGGCCUUGCUUCCGUGCCAUUUGUUUGGGUGAACGAACCAAAGUCUAUCUUGAUCAAUGGAAGAGGCAAGUUCAACUGCUCCCUGGCAGCAGCGAACCAGGUGUGCAACGCCACCAGCCCCGACUGUUCUCCCUUCGUGCUCACCGUCGUCCCAGGCAAGACUUACCGCCUACGGAUCGCCAGCGUCUCCUCCCUUUCAGCUUUCAACUUCGAAAUCGAGGGACAUGACUUGUUGGUGGUGGAAGCGGACGGCCACUACGUGAAUCCCUUCGCGGUGAAGAACCUCAACAUAUACUCCGGCGAGACGUACUCGGUGCUCUUCACUGCCGAUCGAGACGCUUCUCGCAACUAUUGGAUAGCCGCCAAUGUGGUCGGCCGACGUCCCGGCACCGAGCCUGGAAUUGCCGUCCUCAAUUACUACCCGAACCACCCGAGAAGUACCCCGCCGACCGCCCGUCCUGAGGGGCCUCUAUGGAAUUGGAACGACACUGAUUACAGGGAGCAACAGAGCAUCGCCCUCAGCCGGUCGCACCCCGACUAUAUCCACCCGCCGCCAGCGACCUCCGACAGGACGAUCCUCUUGCUCAACACGCAGAACAGGGUGGAGGAUGGUCGCACGAGGUGGUCGCUCAACGGUGUGUCCCACGACAUGCCUCACACGCCGUACCUAAUCGCGCUCAAGGAGGGGCUGCGCCACGCGUUCGACGAGACGCCGGCGCCAGAGAGAUACGACUACGAGAACUACGACGUGUCCAGGCAUCCGCCGGCGGUCGUCAACGCGACCAUCUCGACGUCGAUCUACCGACUCAAGUUCAACUCGACGGUGGACGUGGUGCUGCAGAACGCAAACACUCUGGCCAAUUCCAGCAACAGCGAAACGCACCCGUGGCACCUGCACGGGCACGAUUUUUGGGUGCUGGCCUACGGCACCGGCAAGUUCGACCCCAGGAGGGACACGAGCAAGUUCAAUCUGGUGGACCCGAUCAUGAAGAACACGGUGGCGCUGCACCCCUUUGGGUGGACCGCCAUAAGGUUUCGGGCCGACAACCCCGGCGCGUGGGCGUUCCACUGCCACAUCGAGGCCCACUUCGCCAUGGGUAUGGGGGUGGUGUUCGCCGAGGGCGUGGACAGGAUCGGCAGGCUGCCGACGUCCAUCAUGGGCUGCGGCGAUUCCAAGUUCUUGAGGGGAAGGCACCACUGACCAUCAGCAUGUUCAACAGUUUGACUUGUUUAUUUGUUUUUUUUUUCUUUUCCAUUUCUCAAUCUUUAAUAAAAUUAAGGUGGAAAGUCAGAAUGUAUUAGUUUUUCAUGGGUCUCUUGUUCUUGCCGUAAAGUACAAGACACAAUAAAAGUUGGGAGAACAAAAUAAAUA